AUGCGGCUAGACGUCAAGAGGCAGCUGUUUGCCCGCUCCGAGCGGGUAAAGGGGAUUGAUUUCCACCCUACAGAGCCCUGGAUUUUGACAACCUUGUACAGCGGUCAUGUCUAUAUCUGGUCAUAUGAAACGCAGUCAAUCAUCAAAACAUUCGAACUCACCGAUGUCCCCGUCCGGGCGGGUCGAUUCAUUGCGCGGAAGAACUGGAUUGUCUGUGGUUCAGAUGACUUCCAACUUCGUGUUUACAACUACAACACAUCCGAAAAGAUCACGUCCUUUGAAGCACACCCGGAUUAUAUCCGUUCUAUCGCCGUCCACCCCACCCAGCCGUUUGUGCUCACAGCCUCCGAUGACAUGACAAUUAAGCUUUGGGACUGGGAGAAGAACUGGAAGUGCGUACAAAUAUUUGAGGGCCACAGCCACUAUGUCAUGGGAAUGUCGAUCAACCCAAAGGACACCAACACUUUCGCUUCCGCAUGUCUGGACCGGACCGUGAAGAUCUGGAACCUGGGCUCUCCCCACGCCAACUUCACACUCGAAGCCCACGAGACGAAAGGUGUCAAUCAUGUCGACUACUACCCACAUGCGGAUAAGCCGUACCUCCUCACCACUUCCGAUGAUAAGACUGUCAAGAUCUGGGAUUACACUACCAAGGCACUCAUUGCAACCCUCGAAGGCCACACAAGCAAUGUCUCUUUCGCCUGCUAUCACCCCGAAUUGCCCGUCAUUAUCUCGGGAUCUGAGGAUGGAACUAUCAAGAUUUGGCACGCAAACACCUACCGCCUGGAACAGUCAUUAAGUUACGGAUUAGAACGAGCAUGGUGUGUUUCCUACCAACGAGGCAGACAGGGAAUUGCGAUGGGUUUCGACGAUGGUGCCGUGGUGGUGAAGAUGGGCCGAGAAGAGCCUGCUGUCUCCAUGGAUGGGUCAGGUAAGCUUAUCUGGGCCAGACACAGUGAGGUUGUGUCCUCAGUGAUCAAGGGUGGUGAUGCUACUGUUAAGGACGGCGAGCCUCUCUCGCUACCGACAAAAGAUCUGGGACAAUGCGAGGUGUACCCGCAGACUUUGUCGCACUCACCCAAUGGACGUUUCGUCUCCGUCUGCGGUGAUGGUGAAUACAUCAUCUACACUGCAUUGGCGUGGAGAAACAAGGCCUUUGGACAAGCUCUUGAUUUUGCUUGGGGUUCGAAAGAGAACAGCAAUGACUACGCUAUCCGCGAGUCAUCGACCAGUGUCAAGAUCUUCAAGAACUUCAAGGAGCAGAGCGCUGGUCUUGAUGUUGGAUUCCAAGCCGAGGGCCUGUCCGAUGGUGUUCUUCUGGGUGUGAAGGGCCAAGGUGGCAUUGGCUUCUUUGAUUGGGAGACUGGCAGCCUCGUUCGAAGAAUCGAAGCUGACCCUAAAUCCGUCUACUGGUCCGAAUCCGGUGAACUGGUCACCCUUGCCUGUGAGGAUGAUUUCUACGUCCUGCGCUACUCUCGCGAGGACUACAUCAACGGAUUGAACGCCGGCGAAGCCGACGAGGAUGGAGUCGAGGCGGCUGUUGAAUUGGUUGCUACGAUUAACGAGACCGUCCGGACUGGACAGUGGGUUGGAGAUUGCUUCAUUUACACGAACUCUACAAACCGGUUGAACUACCUCGUCGGAGAUCAAACCUACACAAUCUCUCACUUCGACCAACCGAUGUAUGUCCUCGGCUACCUACCCCGGGACGGUCGUAUCUACCUUGCCGACAAGGACGUCAACGCCGUCUCCUUCGGCCUUUCUCUCAGCAUGGUCGAGUACCAAACAGUGGUGCUGCGUGGGGAUCUGGAAAUGGCAGCCGAGCUGCUGAAGGAUGUGCCACAGGAUCAGAUGAACAAGGUCGCACGCUUCCUCGAAGGCCAAGGGUACAAAGAGAUGGCACUGGAAGUCGCCACUGACCCCGAGCACCGCUUCGAGCUGGCCCUCGCAUUGGGCGACCUUGAAACCGCACUUACAAUUGCCCGCGAGGCCAAUGUAGAACACAAGUGGAAGAUCGUCGGCGACGCCGCCCUGGCCGGCUGGAACCUGGCUUUGGCCCAGGAGUGCUUCACCAACGCCAAAGACGUCGGUUCCCUGCUUCUCCUGCACACCGCCACCGGCAACCGUGAGGGUAUCAAAGCCCUGGCCGCCCAGGCCUCGGAAUCAGGCCUUCACAACGUCGCUUUCUCCACUCUGUGGUCCCUGGGAGAUAUCGAUGGCUGCAUCGCUCUUCUCAUCCAGACUAACCGUAUGGCCGAGGCAGUCCUCUUCGCGCAAACCUAUAAACCCUCAAGCGCCCCCAAGCUCGUCGUUCAAUGGAAGGAGUCCUUGGAGAAAUCCGGCAAGACCAAGGUCGCCCGACUUAUCGGUGUCCCGCCUGGUGCUCCCGACGUCGACUCCACCGAUGACGAUCUUUUCCCCGAGUGGGACGAGUACAUCCGUCUAGAGAAAGAGGGAAUCGUCCCCGAGCCUGCUCCCGAAUCUCUGAUUGAUGUCAGUGAUGUCAAUGAUGUCGCAGCGGACGGAGAGGCACCUGAAACCGUCAAUGGCGCAGCUGAGUCCGAUGGGGAGACGGAGGAAGCCGACCAGGCAGCAGUGGAUGAGGCCGAUGGUGCCGAAGCCGAGUGA